GUAGCUACAUGUGCUUCUAUAGUAAUUAGCUUCGCCCACGUGUUUUUAUGUGUCAUAUAUUAUAAAUCAUAGCGUAUACUGCUAAAGUCCAUUGCAAUAAAUCAGUGCUAUACAGUGGGAAAUAUUACAUUAACUGUGGUUUUCGAAAAAAGCUUGCAGAACUAUGUAUGAAUCAACGGAUCACCCAGAGGCAGCUCAAAGUAAUAACGAUCUCAUGAUGGAAAUAGAAAGAGCAAAAAAAGAAAAAAUCAUGCGUGACCUCAACGGUGACAAUUUUUUUGAAUUUGAGGAUAUGCUUGCUUCGAUUGACUGGGAUUGCAGAGAGUCCCGAUAUCAAUUUCUUCAUGAAUUUAAUACACUGAUCUACAAUUGGAAAGGCGAACUUCCAAAUCUCUGCGACGUAUUACACCCCAUAGUAAUCGAACGACUUCUCUUUGAUUGUAUAAAUUUAAAAUUGAGAGACAACAAAACCUAUCAAGCAGAAAAUUUUAUUACGUAUGUGGCUCUCGCUGGCUACAAGGACAAACCUAAAGUUGGAGAAGACGGCAAGCCAUUGUUGCGUCGCACCACACCACUGCAUUACGCACUCAGACGCAGGUUCCAUAAAUGGUCUGUCGUGAUUUAUUGCCUCCUUAAAAUAUACGUCAGAUCGGAAGUGCAUUACACCGACGAGUUUGGCUACACUUAUUUCGACAUAGCCUGCAUGGUAGGAUGUUACGACGCAGUUGAGAAACUUAUCGGGCUGGGUCAAGAUGUCAAUUGUCUGGGACGAAAAUCGGUCGUUCCACCACUACACUUGGCUCUGCAUUGUGGCCGGGAAGCGGUGGUCGAGUUGCUGCUGAGAAACGGGGCUGACCCGAAUUCGCCUUGUGAGCACAAAUUUACGCCUCUGCACGUUAUUGGCCAGACGGGUAACUGCGCAUAUACAUUUUUCGGGAUCAUCGAAGAAUUGAAUCUGAAAGUGAAGGUCAAUGCCAGGAACGAGGUGGGCAACGCACCGUUGCACUUGGCUUUAGCUCGCCAAAGGUUGUGGAUGUCCAAAUGGCUGCUGAAAAACGGUGCGGAUCCAAAUUUAGCCAAUGCAAUGGGAUUGACUCCUCUGCAUAUUAUUUGCAAAACGGAAGAUAAUCACCGUUUGGGUUAUAUGUUAUUCGAGAUCACUAACAAAUUAAAUCGACACGUGGAGCUUGAUGCCUGCGACAACGUGGGUAAUACGCCGUUGCACACGGCAGUGGUCAACAACAACAUGAAAUUGGCCGAAUUGUUGUUAAGAAAAGGCGCAAAUCCAAAUUCGGCUAACGAUAAAGGAGAGACUCCUCUGCACAUUAUCUGCCAGGGUUACUCCAAAGGUUGUGCCAUGGCAAGGCUAUUCUUCGAGGUCAUCGGCGAAAAAUCUCAAAAGGUGCAGGUCAACGCCCGGGACAAUAUCGAAUCAUUCUUAACUAACUACUUGUAACUU